AUGCCAUUGAAGCACACACCAGCUACUGAAGGAUUCCUUGUCAAACAAGCACCAAUUCCAUCACCAGGAAACAACACAUUUGUGGGAGAUUUCUUCACAUCAGAUGCUCCAGAGGGACAGCAGAUGACAUGUGGGUUUUAUCAACAAUCAGUUGGUGAACCUUUAGAAUAUGAAUAUGAAUAUGAUGAAAUGAAGGUUGUACUAGCAGUUAAAGCUGACCAUUUCUAUGUUUCUGAUGAGGCUGGACAAAAGAUUGAUGCUAAAGAAGGUGACAUUUUCUAUUUCAAGAAAGGCGUAACCAUAAAAUUUGAAGUUGUUGGACCUGAGGGAAGUUAUGCUAAAAACUUCUUCACAGCUCAACGUAAACCAGAUUCUGCUUAA